AUGGAACCUCUAAGUUUUGACCAGUUCCGCAAUGUCAUUGACGGCAAACUCGUCGACUCUGAGACUACUCGCCAUGGCAUCAACCCUGCGACGCUCGAGGCACUCCCACCCGUUCCCAACAGCACACCCAAGGACGUAGAUGCUGCCAUAGCUGCGGCAAAGAAAGCUGCCGCAGGAUGGGCCGACACGCCACUCGCCGAGCGCCAACAGGCUGUCUCCAAAUACGCCGACGCCCUUGCUGCAAAUGCAGAGGCCUUUGCAAAGAUGUUGGUGCUUGAGCAGGGUAAACCGCUGGCCGUUGCGACAGCAGAGAUCAACAUAACUGUUGGGCUUCUGAAGGGCGUUACGGAACUUCCUUUUCCGGAGCAAGUGGUCGAUGAUAACCCAGAACGCCGCGUCGUUACACGAUAUGUGCCACUAGGCGUUGCGGUUGGUAUCGUCCCUUGGAACUCUUCGUUCAAAUUAGGACCAGCCCUCGUUGCUGGAAAUGCCAUGAUUCUUAAGCCUUCGCCAUUUACACCCUACUGCGGCCUCAAGCUUGCAGAACUAGGUCGCGGCAUCUUCCCUCCUGGAGUUUUGCAGGCGUUGAGUGGCGAUGACAAUCUUGGUCCCUGGUUGACAUCCCACCCUGGUGUCAACAAGGUCAGCUUUACAGGCUCAACCCAGACUGGCAUGAGAGUGAUGCAAAGCUGCGCGAGCACAUUGAAGAGAGUGACACUUGAGUUGGGAGGAAAUGACCCAGCAAUUAUCUGUGCGAAUGUUGAUGUUCCAACAGUUGCUGCUAGGGUGACAUCUCUCGCCCUUUACAACUCUGGCCAGGUCUGCAUUGCUAUUAAGCGAGUUUAUGUUCACUCCGAUAUUUACGAAGAGUUCAUCACUGAGGUGGCCCGCUGCGUGAAUGCACUCAAGGUGGGCAAUGGGUUGGACGAGGCUGUCUCAAUCGGCCCAGUCCAAAACGCUCUUCAAUUCGACCGCGUCAAGGAUCUCGUAUUAUCCCUGAAAAAAGACGGUGCCAAGGUUCUGGCUGGAAGCGUCGACAAUUUGUCGAGUGAGAAGGGAUAUUUUAUCAACCCGAUCGUUAUUGAGAACCCGUCAGACGAUUCGAGAAUCGUCAAGGAGGAGCCAUUCGGUCCUGUGUUCCCGGUUCUCAAGUGGACUAGCGAAGAGGAUGUAAUCCGACGUGCGAAUGAUAGCGACAUGGGUCUUGGAGCUUCUGUCUGGACACGAGAUACGGAACAGGCGGAUCGAUUAGCCAAGAAGUUGGAGGCUGGUAACGUCUGGAUUAAUGCCCAUUUGGAGCUUCAGGCUAAUGCGACAUUCGGUGGCCACAAGUUCAGUGGAAUUGGGUCGGAGCUGGGACUCGAUGGGCUGAAGUCAUACUGCAAUGCGCAGACUGUCUACUAUAAGAAGGAUGUCUAA